AAAACCUUUUGGUCAUGAUUGCUCUAGUGCAAGAAGGAAAAAGAAGGUGAAGAAUGCAACUAAGUACUGGAUAUGUGAGAAGGUGAAGGACUGGCUCAUUGAAGAUGCAACUCUAGGAGCAAAGGAAUUGCGAAAGAAGCUUAAAGAACACCACAAGGUCAAAAUCAACUACAAGAGAGUAUAUAUGGGUAAGUUGCUAGCCUUGAAGCAACUAUAUGGUGAUUGGGAUAUCAGCUUUGACAAUUUGUAUAGGUUUAAGGCACAAGUUGAAAGUUGUUGCCCCGGUAGCAUAGUGCAGAUUGAUCAUCACACAAUAAAUGGUAAAAUCAGGUUUAGAAGAAUUUUUGUUGCUAUGAAACCUUGCAUAGAGGGGUUCCUUAGUGGUUGCAGACCAUAUUUGGCAAUAGAUAGCACAUUCUUGACGGGCAGGUUCAAGGGGCAGCUGGCUAGUGCUACCGCCGUUGAUGGCCAUAAUUGGAUGUAUCCGGUUAGUUUUGGAGUCUUUGAUUCUGAAACUAACGAGAAUUGGAUUUGGUUCAUGCAAUUGCUAAGGCAGGCCAUAGGAACACCAAAUGGGUUGGCCAUAUGCACCGAUGCUGGUCAAGCAGUAAUGACAGGGGUGAAAGAAGUGUUCCCAGAGCCAGAACAUGGGGAAUGCAUGUUUCACUUGGUGACCAACUUCAAGAAGAAGUUCCAUGGGAAGGUGUUUGAUGACCACCUUUGGGCUGCUGCUUACUCAUGGAACCCAUAUUUAUUUGACAAACAUUGGGUUGCUAUGGAGACAACAAAGCCAGCUGCAACUGCAUAUAUAAGGAAGUGGCACAAUAGGUUGUGGUCUAGGAGUCAAUUCUCAACUACAUGCAAGGUGGACUAUGUAACCAACAACCUGGCUGAGAGCUUUAACAAUUGGAUUAAGCACCACAAGUCCUUGAACUUGGAUGACCUCUUUGAUAUGGCGAGACAAUUGAUUAUGAUAUUGUGGAACCGAAGGAGAAAAGUAGCAAAGGAGUUAGAUGGUUUGAUUCUGCCCCACAUAAUUAAGAAGCUGAAUGCAAUGACCACUGCAUUAGGUGGUAGUGGCUUUAGGUUUGUGGUCAACUUGCAAGAGGGAACAUGUUCUUGUCGACAAUGGCAAGUUUCUGGCCAUCCUUGCAAACAUGCUCUCGCAUUCAUCACGUCACUUAGCAAUGCACACAUACGGCACUAUGUGGACUUGUAUUUCUCCGUUGACAAAUAUAGAGCAGCUUAUGCCCAACUAAUUCCUGCUAUGCCGGACAAGACCCAAUGGCCUAAAUCUAACCAUGGAUUCUUCAUGCAUCCACCACUAUUGAAGGCCACGGCUGGUAGGCGUAAAACUGAGAGGUACAAAGGUUGCGGUGAGAAGAAAAGGAAAAGUGGUCAACACUUAUGCCCUAUUUGUAAGGAAUAUGGGCAUCAUUGGCACAAAUGUAAGAAGGGAAACCCAGAGGACAUUGCUGCAAUGAUGGCUGUGAGAGAACCACCAAAGAAAAGGACAAAGACAACCAAAACAGCUGAGUUAUCCAUUGUGCCUUGCGAAGAUGGAGUACCAACAAGAAUGUGUUUUCCCCCAAGCAAAAGCUUGGAAACUACAACCAAAAAAAGGGAAAACAUGUUAACUCUAGUGCUGGAGCAUCAAAAAGCAAAAGCUUGGAGAAUACAAACAAAAAGGGAAAAGGGGGGAAAUCUGAAUCGGUUCGAUCCAAGAGAUCAAGAACCGGCUCAAAACAGCCGGAGCCAAUUUCCAUCGAGUUUCCUAUGCCCGGCGAUGAAACAGAUGUUCCUGUGAAGGUUAGGGGCAAGAGUAAGGAGUGCACUGAAAAGAUCCUAUGGUGCCACAAGACAGCCCAGCAAUGUGCACAAGAAGCAAAAAAUUUAACUCUGCAAGCCCUUCAAUGAGCACAAGAAGCAAAAGGCGGUUUAGUUUGUGAUUCUCAUGUUUUCCUUAAUGUCAUGGUUACUUUUGGAUGUCCUUUUGUGCUGCUCAUGUGAUGUACUUGUGGACCUGACCUCAUGUGUGAAACAGUAUGUGAUGCAUGCCAACUAGUACUGAUGUAUGUGGUGAAUGUGAACCUAAAUGUGAUGUAUGCGUGAACAUGGUUGCUUCUGGUUGUUGUUCAUGUUUUGCGAUGCAUAUUGUG